CACCGCGCAUGAGUAAGAGGGAGAGGGAGAACCCCUGCCGUGUCCGCGGCUGCAGUCGCGAGGAGGGCGGGGUCUGCGGCCACCGCGUCCUCUCCGCCUUCGAGCGGCCGACCCAACAGGAUUUCCCUCCGCCUUUCCCACAGAGAUCCUCAAGGAUUUCCUCUACUUUGGACAACGCCCCCAGUGGGGAGAUCCUCGAGGCCCUCGGCGUCACCCAUGUCCUCGACGGCUUGGUCGCUGGUUCUAUUUGUGUAGCGAGUUCGCAACACUGGUAUAGACUGUUCCUGCUUGCAAAAAUGUAUACAAGAAUUCCUUUACUUAUCACUGCUUCCAAGCUGACAAAAUUCUACAAUUUGAUAAUGUGAUUCAGUUUUGAGUUCGUGUUCUUUUCCACAACAUUUAUCAUCUGUUAUGCAGAACAAUGCAACAAGGAGGAGGCACGUGUUCUUGUCCACUGUCACCUGCAAUUGUAAUAGCCUAUCUGAUGAAAUGCAAAGGAUGGCCACUCGCAUGAAGUUUUCAAUGGAUUAAAAUCGGUGGCCUAUCCCCAGGAAGAAACUUGGAGUGGAUAGGAGAUGGAAAACAAUGCUUCUGUAGUCGUCCCUCCUACUGACAGCUCCUGAAGAAUUAAUGAAAAGCAUCUGGAUCUGGAGAUCCCAUCCUAUUUGCAUCUAAAAGACGGGUUCUCAGGUCUGUGAUCAAAAAGUGUUGGAGGAGAGAUGAUCUCUUUUUUUUCUUUUUUCUUGUAUUUUUCCUUCUUUCCAGGCUACUGUAACGCUUUAAGAACCAGUGAGUUCGUGGUUCGCAAGAUGACCAAACCAGUUUUCCUCCUCCUAAUGCUUCUUCUUUCGGUGUGCUAAUAUGAUUCUCAACAUGCUUGUGUGUUCCA